AUGGGGCUAGAAGGUCAGGAGAAUAGCACUGCAGAGAUAAACACCAAGGUGGAUAACAUGUAUGGAGAACAUAAUGGGAAGUUUGAAGCUUUGAACACCCAUUUGAAAGUUUUGAAAAAGCAAGUUGCUCAAACCGCCUCCAGCAGCAGAACAGCACCUGGAUUUCUACCAGGGAAGUCAGAGACGAAUCCCAAGGAGUUUGUGAAUGCUGUAACACUUAGGAGUGGAAAAACGAUCGAAGGAUCGAAUAAGAAAGAGAUCGACAGAUCUCAGGAACAGAUCGACCGAUCCAAGGGGAAGGAGAUCGAUCGAUCCGGUCCUUCUGGAUCGACCGAUCCCGUGUCAACAAAGCCAAAUUCCUCUGAACCUGAAGAGGUGUAUGUGGCGCCUCCUGCUUAUGUUCCUAAGGCUCCAUACCCAUCCAGACCAAGGCAGAAGAUCAAAGAACGUGAGUACGAGAAGCUAAAGAACCUUGUUGGGGAGUUACAUGUGAGAUUGCCAUUCGUUGAAGCGGUGAAGAUGGUACCUUCUCUUAAAAGGUACAUGAAGGAGAUUCUUACCGAUAAGAUGAGCCUAGAGCGGGGUGUGUUGAUGCUCAAUGAGGAGUGUAGCGCAGUUCUACAAAAUGUCAUGCCUAAAAAGCGUGAAGAUCCCGGAGCAUUUGUUCUACCAUGCCGCAUUGGAUCACUUACUUUUGAGAAGAGUCUCUGCGAUCUGGGUUCAGGAGUGAGCCUAAUGCCUUUCUCUGUCUCUGAGAGACUAGGCAUGACGAACUACAAACCUACAAGGAUAUCCUUGGUCCUUGCUGACCGAUCAGUGCGAAGACCAGUCGGUGUACUAAAAAACAUCCCUGUUGGUGUUGGAAAGGGAUACGUGCUUACCGAUUUUGUAGUUCUGGAGCAGGAAGAGGAACCUAAAGAUCCUCUCAUUUUGGGCAGACCAUUUUUAGCUACUGCUGGAGCCAUGAUUGAUGUACAGAAUGGGCAUAUAGACUUACGUCUAGGAGACAUGGCGAUGAGAUACAAUGUGGAGAAGGUGCUGAAAAAUCCGACUAUUGAUGGACAGACUUUCUGGGUUGAUACAUUGACUGAACUGGUGGAGGAAAUGGAUGAAGAGUUGCACACUGAUGAUCCUCUACAAGUCGCAUUGACCCAAAGGGAGAGUGAGUUCGGGUUCAUGAACCAAGAAGUGGUUGGAUUUUCUGAGAUUUUGGAUCCAGCCUCACCGAUUGAGAAGCAUGUCGCCUAUGUCAGCCUUGAAGACUCAGGCACCGAUAAAACCGUCAAACCGUCAUCCUCCCAACCAGAUUGGAGUGAGGAGAAUGCUCCAAAGGUGGAACUUAAAGCCCUCCCAGCUGGGCUGAGGUAUGCAUUCUUGGGACCGAAUUCCACAUAUCCUGUUAUUAUUUGUGCUAACCUGAAUAAUGUGGAGACCGCUUUGCUUCUUUCAAAAUUGCGAAAGUAUAGAAAAGCAUUGGGGUACUCUUUGGAUGAUAUUACAGGCAUGUAUCACGAUCAGGCAGAGAUCGAUCGAUCAAACAGAAACAGAACGGGCGAUCCAUGUAAAAGAUUGUUCGAUCCGGGUGAGAGACAGAAGAAGAAGGGAUGCGCAUCACAGCCAGCUGUUUCUGGAGAUAGCGAUGACGACUCAAGCGCUCACGACACCGCUGCUGGACCUGAGGCAGCGGAGGACUCUGAUGAUGAUGGAGCAUUGGAGAGGCGCCUGAAGAGGCGCACUGACCGCAACGCCUGA